AAUUGUCAAAAGGCGAUUAAAACUUUAACUACAGUAAAACUGGAAACGCCGCUUGUGUCAGGUGUUAAUGCGGGUUCAUAGCAUACGUAUAUGAUAUACUUCAAACUGGAUAACCAAAGAUUGUAUUUUGUUUAGCUACAUUGGCGUUGAAUUUCUCUGGUAUCCAUUAUUUUGUUUUCCCUCCUCCGCCAUGAUGUUUUCUAAGUGAACAGCGGAGCUUACCAACCAGCCAGUUUAGCCUUCAGGCUGUUGUGGAAGGGAGGCGCAAUGGAUGGAUGCUUUGCCCCGCUACGUUUCACAUAUUUGUCUUACUCUAAACGGAAUGUGUCCUCUCCGACAAAAUAUACCCCUUGAUAUACUCCGCGCCAUUGCGGAGGACAGCUAAUUCUUAGCGCAACGUCAAUAAAUUAUCCAGGAGUGUCGGCGUUUCGUUAUAGUUUGAAGAUUAUCGCUAUCUGGGGCUGUGUAAGUGGCUACACAGCUAGCUCCUCCUCACUGUCUACCAUCGCAUUCUUGUGUCUCCUGCCUCAGGAAUGUUCUCCAAAAAGCCUCAUGGGGACGUUAAAAAAUCAACACAGAAAGUGUUGGACCCAAAGAAGGACGUAUUGACGAGGCUCAAACAUCUUAGAAUUGUCAUUGAAAAUGCAGAGCCUGCGGAGCUGAAACAGUUCUUUGACCUGAACUACUCCCAUAUCUACUAUGUCUUCUUUGAAAACUUUGUCACCAUCGAGGUCAGCCUCAAGCAAAAAGGUCAUAAGUCUCAGAGGGAGGAGCUGGACUCAAUCCUCUUCAUCUUUGAGAAAAUCCUCCAGCUCCUGCCAGAGAGGAUCCAGAGCCGAUGGCAGUUCCACAGCAUAGGGCUGAUUCUCAAGAAGCUGUUACACACUGGGAACUCCUUAAAGAUCCGUCGUGAAGGUGUGCGCCUGUUCCUGCUGUGGAUGCAGGCAUUACAGAGUAAUGCAGAACGUGAGCAGCUCUGCAUGUUUGCCUGUUUGAUUCCUGGCUUCCCAGCUCCACUCUGCCACGGGACCCCACGCACCCUGGAGACACUAAUCAACCCACCACUGAGUUUGACAGAGACUCAGGUGACCCCCGAAGAGAUCACUCCACUGGUUCCUCCACAGUCAGGUGACAAGAACCAGGAGGACCUCACUGCCUACUUCCUAGAAGCGCUUCUGAAAUACAUGGUAAACCAGGCCAAGUCUCUAGAGUGGCGUUGUAAAGAGAACCAUGAACGUGGCUUUAGCUUCCUCUUUGGUCACUUCAGGAAGUUUUACCUUCCUCACAUCUUUCCCAACUUCGCCAUGGAAACCAGCCUCUACAACCCCAUACUGGACGUGCCUCCGAUGCGUCCUAAGCCUUACUACAGUGUGGUUCGCAGGGAGCAGGAUGGUGGUGAAACACUGUACUGCACCAAGGAGAGCUUCCUGCAGGCCCGUGUCAUCUUCAUACGCUGGCUGGUUUCCUUCUGGCUGGAGCCACGACCCAACACACACACACACAUCCCAGGAACAGAGGGAGAGAACGUCCCCAAGAACAUACAGCGAGCAGCAGCUGGCCUGGCAGCUCGCUCUGCAGGCAGCUCAGACGACAGCGGUGGAAGCGGGAUUCGGUCUGACAGCCACCUGGAAAGUAGCGGGGGUUCAUCUGGGCCGGGAGGAGGCAGCAUGGGGCUAUCUGGAGGUCCGGGGAUUGGGGGUGAGCCUGAGCAGAGCCACUCCAACACAUCUACACUGACUGAGAGGGAACCCAGCUCCUCUUCACUCUGCUCCAUGGAUGAGGAGCAGCUGACGGACAUGGAGGUGGUGAGACGAGUACUGACCAGCUCCAGAACCAAUGUAAACUUCAUCACAGAGAUCUUUAGACAGGCAUUUCUUCUUCCCAUGUGUGAGGCAGCAGCGAUGCGAAAAGUGGUCCGUGUUUACCAGGAGUGGAUCUCCAUGGAGGACAAGCCAGUGUUUAUGAAGGAGCCAGAAGAGGGCCCUUAUCCCACAGCCAUAGCCAGCAGUCUGGAUUCAGGCUCUCAGCUUGGAGUAAAAGAGGACGAGGGAAUUAACAAAGUGACUGACAAUGAAUUGCUGGAGUACAGUGUUCAUGCUGGAGUUCAGACUACACUACAGGUAUUUAUCACCCACUCCUCCAACGUUUUCCUAUUGGAGCCAGCCAACGACAUCAAGAUCCUCUUAGAGGAGCAUGUCGACAUGUGCAAGCGAGUCUUGAACAUCUACCGCAGCCUUGUCAUGCAUGAGACCAUGGACCAGAAAACAUGGGAGCAGAUCUUAUUGGUUCUGCUGAGGGUAACGGAGUCAGUGAUGAAGAGACCUCCAUCCAUCAUGCCUCAUGGCAAGAAGAACAACACAUUGUCAGGCAGACUGGCUGGACCUAUCUUUCAGACACUGAUAGUAGCCUGGAUUAAGGGGAACUUAAACGUCUACAUCAGCAGAGAACUGUGGGACGACCUCCUCUCCGUCCUCUCCUCUCUGACCUGCUGGGAGGAACUGGUCACAGAGUGGUCUCUCACCAUGGAAACCCUUACCAAGGUGUUGGCCAGGAACCUGUACAGUGUUGAUCUCAAUGAACUGCCUCUGGACAAACUCAGUGAACAAAAACAGAAGAAACAUAAAGGAAAAGGUAUUGGUUCAGAGGGCCAGCGGCAGGUUGUGGAUCGUUCCUUCUCUAAAGGCUGGAGCAGAGAUCAACCAGGCCAGGCAGCAGCAAUGAGACAGCGAAGUGCCACCACUGCUGGCUCACCAGGCAUCGAAAAGGCCAGGAGUAUUGUCCGCCAGAAGACUGUAGCCCUGCGUAGCUGUUCUACGGGGGACUCUCUGCUGUCCUCAGCCUUUAUCCGCAGUGCUAAGAGUGCUCCUGCUCUGGCUCCGCCUCUUCCUGUCCUCCUCCACCACCACCACCCUUUACUACCCCCCCUUGCCGACCAGUUGGCAGACCUUGAGGACCCGCCAAUCACACUGACAUCCCGCACCUCUCGGAUGCGUCACUCUUCCCAGAGUGAUGAGGCCCCUCCUACCUCCUGUUCUGAGGUGUUCCAGGGCGGGACUUGUGACCUGGAUGCCCCGGCCCCUUCCUCCCUAGCAAGGAGCAGCAGUGCCUCUGACAUCAUGGAGCCUUUCAUCGCUGAGCGGGUCAAAGGUGAAGACCCUCAGAGGGAUCCCACUUCAAUCCCAAUUCCCCCCCACCACCACCCCACAACUUCUUCUUUACUUGCAGCCAACAGCCACGCAGCUCAGCCACUUCCACACCCUCUCACCUCCCCCUCUCCCACCCCUUUUACCCUCCCCAAUGGUGUUGUUUCCUCUUCCUCAGAGGGACAAGAUGAUAGUAGUGUUUAUAACCAGUUCUGGAACCAGAUUGGCUCUCAAAGCAGAGGGUCUAGCUCUGAUUGGGUAAGCGACUGGGAGUCUGCCUUCACCUUUUCAUCUGAAAAGGAAAACGAUGUAGAAGAGGGUGAAAUGGGAGCUGGGGCAGAGGAGGAUGAUUUAUUCUCCUAUUUCAGGGACUACCUCACUCACAGAGGAGGUGAGAGGAAGGAGGAGACCGAAGAGAGAGAGAGUUCUGGUCAUACACUAGAGAACAGUGUUGUUAUACCUGCACCGGUGCAAACAGGGUUAGCUGGAACACAAAUAGAAUCUACAGGACAGGUAGGAGAGGCAAGACAGGUAGUAAGAGAGGACAGACAGGUAAGUAAAUCAGUGAGACACAGUAGUGUGGAUUCAACUGAAGAGAAUGAGCCAGAGCAGCGGAGCAUCUAUGAGUGCCUGGAGUUGCAGUGUCAGUGGCCGUCACCCAAUGCUAGGGGAAUUUCUAGUUUAGAAAGAAACACUGGAGAGAGAAGGGGAGGAGGAAAUACAGGAAGGACAGCAGGAUGGGAAGGGAAAUGUGAAGUUAGGAGGGAAAUAGAAGACAAAAAACAGGAUGAUAAAGAAGCAGCAGGAAGUGAGAGGUCCAGUUUAAUUAGACACGAUACUAACACAGUAGAAUCUAGCCUUGAAUCAAAUCAAACUCCGGAUCCAACUAAGGCCAAGGUGUCCCGUAGUAGCACCAAGAGGCACCAUUCUGGGGGUGUUCAUGUCAGCUUCCGGCCUUCGACUGAGUCUGUCCACUUCCACAACCCCCUUGAGAGUAAAGAGGCUCACUGGAAAGCCAGGCUGCGUCGCCUCAGUCACUUUCACACACACAGCCACUCAGCUGGGGAAAGACCAGGGACCGGAGUUGGGGCGGGGUCAGGGGGCAAGCUGGGAGCAGGGGUUGCAGGUAAGUUUGGCUCUGUGGCCGGGAUUAGCCAUAGAACAGGGGCACAUGAGAAAUUCGCCUCUGGGACCGUUACGGAUAACAGCAGGGCAGGGGGCACAGCAGGCGCUGGAAGUCUGGAAAGCAGGCCCGGGAGUGGAGGGGACAAGGACAAACAUACUGGAUCCUGUGUGGGAUCCAGUCUGGGCUCUCAGGGUCACUCAGAGGUAUUAUCGAGCUGUUCGGGUUCCUCAGGCGUGUCGUCAGGGGUGCGUGGCCGCUUGGGACGUUCAGCCUUGCGAUCUCGAGCCUCCCGCUCACGCUCCCAGGAGCCAGGCAGCACUGCCUCACGUCACCACCAGGGGGCCCUUCUUGGUGGUGUCUAUAAGACUGUGGUUCACGCUCUGUCCUCGAAGCCCCGGCCCAGAGGUCAGGGGUCAUCGCAAGGCUCGUCGCCACAGCGGCAGGGCCGGGCUGCCAUGGGUGACGCAUCGCUAAGAGACCUCUACUCCCAUGUGCUCGGCUACUUUGGAAGAAAGACGACCACGCCAGCCAACAAAGAGGAGGUGGUCCCGAAAGCCCGUCCAGUCUCCAGUGAUGUAGGAAGCAGCAACCCAAAUUUCUCUGACCUCAUGGAUGAGUUCAUCCAGGAGAGACUGAGGACCAAAGGAACAGUAGGCCGUCGUGGCAGCAGCCCAGGAAGUCUGGAGGUUCCCAGGGAUUUGCCCGAACUCCUGGAGGCCGGUCAGAGUCCUGGAUCACGACCCUCGGAUGAUCUUCGGCCUAUUGAUGAUCCAGGGGUUCCCUCUGAGUGGACGUCACCUGCAAGUGCCAGCGGUUCUGAUGUCAUCAGCUCAGACAGCCAGUCAGACUCCUUUAAUGCCUUUCAGUACUCCACCUGCAAGUUUGAUAAUUUUACUUUCAGUUCAGAAGCUUGUGGAGGAGGAGUUGGAUCUGGAGGAGGAGGUCGAGGCAGCUCAUUGGACCAGGACAGCCUAGGCGGGGGUGCGGCCUGUGAAGAACACGAAGUAGCCAGUUUGACAACACUUCACAUCGACUCAGAGACCAGCAGCCUCAGCCAUACUGUCACUGUUACUGGUUCUGAGAGUGCUUCUCCUAUGCAUUCUGUUGGGGGCUCUCGGUCCCAGACGCCCUCCCCUGCUACGUUGACAGCAGAGCAAACUGAUCACACACACUCCCACUCUGACACACACCUACAGCUGGACCAGAAGCUCCACAACUCUGUCCUACAGACCCCUGAUGACCUGGAAACCAGUGAGUUUCCCAGCGAGGACUGCAGUGUGAUGGCGGGUGGUUCUCUAACUGGUUGGCACGCAGAUGUUGCCACAGUAAUGUGGCGGAGGAUGCUGGGUAUCCUGGGGGAUGUCAAUAGCAUCAAAGACCCAGAGAUCCAUGCUCAGGUCUUCGACUACCUGUGUGAACUGUGGCAAAACUUGGCCAAAAUAAGAGAUAAUUUGGGCAUUUCUCUGGACAACCAGUCGUCUCCACCUCCUCCUGUUCUGAUCCCUCCCCUAAGAAUUCUCACCCCUUGGCUCUUUAAGGCCACCAUGCUGACAGAGCGUUACAAGCAGGGGAAGCUUCAUGCCUACAAGCUGAUCUGCAGGAUCAUGAAGAGACGGCAAGAUGUUUCCCCAAACACAGACUUUCUUACACACUUCUACAACAUCAUGCACCAAGGGCUGCUGCACCAAGACCAGGAUAUUGUGAACACCAUUAUCAAGCACUGCAGUCCCAGGUUCUUCAGUAUUGGCCUCCCUGGAGCCACCAUGCUGAUCCUGGACUUCAUCAUUGCAGCUUCUAGAGUUACAGCCUGUUCAUCACUCAAUGCUCCUAGAGUAGAGGCUCAGAUCCUCCUUGGAUCUCUGGUGUGUUUUCCCAACUUGUAUGGGGAGCUUCCAGCCCUCCAUCCCACCACAGCCGACGUGGUCCUUACCAAGUUCCCUGACGUCAAGGAGCACAUUAUCAAAACUAUUCUGACUUCUGCAAGUGACGAACCUUCCGCUCCUGCUAGGUGUGUGGCUUUGUGCAGUCUGGGUAUCUGGCUGUGUGAAGAGUUGGCUCACGGGACUCAACAUCCACAGAUUAAAGAUGCUCUCAAUGUGAUCUGUGUUACUCUGAAGUACCCCAAUAAGAGUGUAGCACUGGUGGCGUCAGACAUCCUUCACCUCCUGAUCAGUUACGUGGAUCAUCUUCAGAAAUUUCCCCCUGACACUCCAAAGAAGAUCGUAGCGAUUUUGAUCGCCACCAUCACAUUCUUGCUGCCUACUACUGAGUCUUCUCCGCAUGAACUUGAUAAAAGGCUGGUGGUUUCCCUCCUCUUGUGUCUGAUGGACUGGGUGAUGGCUCUGCCUCCAAAGACUCUCCUUCAGCCUGUUCAGACUCGGAGCCCUCCAGAGAGGGACCAGCCUACCAAGACUCUGCUCAGCUGUAUUUAUAAGGUAUUGCAUGGUUGUGUGUAUGGAGCACAGUCUUUCAGUAGUCCCAAGUAUUACCCGCUGCAGCUGUCGGACCUGUUGAGUCCAGAUUAUGACCCAUUCCUGCCAUUGGAGAGCCUCAGAGAACCAGAGCCACUGCACAGCCCAGACUCAGAACGCUCCAGCAAACUACAGCCUGUCACCGAAGUUCGAAGCCGUAUUCAGCAGGGCCUUGUUUCCAUUGCAGCCAGAACAGUCAUCACCCACCUCGUCAACCACCUUGGACAUUAUCCAAUGUCUGGAGGACCGGCUACUCUGUCUAGUCAGGUGUGUGAAAACCAAGACAACCCAUUCUGUGAGAGUGCUGAUCUUGGACCAGAACUUUUCCAUUCACCAAACCUGCAGUUUCUGGUUCUGAAUGGCUCCACACUGCUCUCAGUGCUUCAGAUCCGGUCGGAGUCUGGUGUACCAGGGGGUGGAAUGACAGCUGGUUUGUCUUCUGCUCCUGCCUGCGUUCGGGUUAUCAUCCGAGAUGUAGCCGGAAAACACUCCUGGGACUCAGCCGUUCUCUACGGGCCUCCACCAUGUUCCCCAACCAGCCCAGCACACACACUUUUAACGCACGCGCAAUCACCACAGAGUACAAAUCUUCAUUUACGCACCUCACCAGGAGGUCCACCAAAAAAGAUGGGGGUGAGGAGGGAAGACAGCGAAGAGGAGGGGCAAGAGGAGAGGGAGGCAGAGGAGGGAGGAAGAGGGAUGGAAGGUGAGAGGCAAGAGUUUGUGGCAGAGGGGGAGGAGGAAGGAGAGGACAGGAAAGUCAGCGACGAGGAGCAGGGAGAUCAAAUCGGAGGUGAAGAUGGAGGAGAGGGGGAGGACGAGGAGCAGGACGAAGAGAGAGAGCAUGGAAUGGACGGAGAGAGGGAUCGGGGGGAGUCAGGCUUGGAAAAGAUUCUAGCUCCGCCAUUGGCUAAACGUGUGUGUCGGGAGGCAGUGCCAGCGUGGGAUUCACUGAGGGAAGGUGAUGACGCGCUGGAUGAAAUGCUGCAGUAUCUUGGAUACUCGAGUCCUGAAUGUCUACAGAGAGCAGGCAUGCCACUCAACAUCCCAGCCCCUCCUCCAGCUUGUGUUUCAGAGAAACAGGAGAACGAUGUGAUCAAUGCCAUCCUGAAGCAGAGUGCUGCUGAGAGAGAGUUCGUCCUUCAUAGAGGUGAGGAGUUGAACAUGAGGGCGGUGCAACAGACUGAACCAGAGACCCAGACACCACAGUCGGCCUUCUACUACUGCAGACUACUGAUCAACAUACUGGGACUCAACUCCUGGGAGAAGAGGAGUAACUUUCAUUUGUUAAGGAAGAAUGAGAAGUUACUGAGAGAGCUGAAGAACCUGGACUCAAGGCAAUGCCGUGAGACCCAUAAAAUAGCAGUAUUUUACGUGGCUGAAGGCCAAGAAGACAAACACUCCAUACUCACUAACACAACAGGAAGCCAGGCUUAUGAAGACUUUGUCUCUGGUCUGGGCUGGGAGGUGGACCUCACCACUCACUGUGGCUUCAUGGGAGGUCUCCAGAGGAAUCGCAGUACAGGUCAGACCACACCUUACUACGCCACUUCUACUACUGAGGUUAUCUACCACGUCUCCACCCGCAUGCCCCAUGACCAGGAUCACAAUCUCACCAAGAAGCUGAGACACCUGGGUAAUGACGAGGUCCACAUCAUCUGGUCAGAACAUUCCAGAGACUACCGUCGAGGAAUCAUCCCCACUGAGUUUGGAGACGUACUAAUCAUCAUCUACCCCAUGAAGAACCACAUGUACUCCAUCCAUAUUCUCAAAAAACCGGAGGUGCCGUUCUUUGGUCCGCUGUUUGACGGUGCCAUAGUGGACAUGAAGAUUUUGCCCACCAUGGUCAGAGCCACAGCUAUCAAUGCCAGUCGAGCUCUCAAAUCCCUCAUUCCUCUAUACCAGAACUUCUAUGAGGAGAGAGCUCGAUACCUAGAAACCAUCGUGCAGCACCACCAGGAGCCGACCACAUUUGAGGAUUACGCAGCUCGAGUUUACAGUCCUGCUCCCUGCACUCACCUGCCAUCUGACACAGGCUCCUGCCUAGAGAUUCUUCGGGGAGAAAGUCCAGCUCUUGGGGAGGCCGGGAGCGACUCGGCAUCCCCCAUGUCUCCUCGGACUAGCAAGAGCCGCAUGUCCAUGAAGCUGCGACGCUCCUCUGGAUCGGCCAAUAAGACUUGAUCUUUCCAGGUUGCUUGGCUCGGUCAGAACUGACACUUCGUAUCAUGUUAGCGAACAAAGCUGGUCUGUUUCUCUCAUCAACCUAUGAGACUUACUCCUUAAAAGGUUUUAUUCCAGAGGAAAUUAGCUCUAUAAUUGUACUUAAAGUACAAGAAACUAAGAACGACACAAAUUAAAAUGAACUGCUCUGGGGAAAUUCACAUAUAUAUUAUUUUCAACCGGAAAAAUGAUGGGCAGUGUUCUCAUAAAUGAACGUAACCAUCAUAGGUGUCAAUAGACUUUGACUCAUCCUGUCACCUCCAGCAUGUUGCCGUUCUGAUCGGACACUGGCCUUUUAUGUACAGAACGCUUUGUCGCACAGUUGUACUCUCAAAAAUACAUGUAAUAGUAAUUUGUGGACUAUACUAUACUAUAACGUUAUUUUGAAGUUGCUCACGGCUGCUGUACUUAUCCUCAGCUUGGCUCACAAAAGAAAAAAAGAAAAAAAAAACAACAAAGAAACCAGUUAAACCAGUGCUAAAGCAUGCUGAUCUUUGCCAUAGUGGGAAAAGCUGAAUAAGUGCUGCCUAUAUAGUGCAGCGUUACUUACUAAUCUGUGCCAUGUUAAAAAUUGCAAAAACUCCAGUAUUAACUAGGACUGCAAAAAGCUGAAGUGUGCCACAUUAUACAUUGCUUUGUAAACUGUUUUUGGAGAGCACAUGCAAUGACUGCCGAACAAAGAGCAGAGUCUCUUCAGUCUGUGUGUGUGUUGUGUCGUUGCUAUGGGGAACUUGUAUAUUUGUACUAUAGUCAGGCUUUGCGUGUACAGACAGAACUGUGAGUUUUGAUAUAAAAAGCAACAAAAGUGAUGGCUGUAAAGUGUUGUAUGGAGAAAGCGAGAUAAAAGUCUAUUUUUGUUCUCAGUGCAGCAUUAGACCUAGAAAGAUAACAGGCAGGGGUCAGUUUCUAUUCAGUCCUCAUACAAUGUAAAUAGAAUCUCAUUAAUUUGCUAACAGUAAAAAAAAAAACGUGUCGUGGACGUGGCAACGUUCUCAAGCCAAAAAGGUUUUCUGCGUUUGAAUACAGAAGAAAAUCCCCUCCCUGAACUUAAGAGAGACCUUUUCUCUGAGUGGAGCGAUGUAAUGAACAGUGUUACUGUAUGUAGAGUAAUGAUGGCGGGAUUAAUUGUCUUUCAUAAAGGAGAGAAAAGCGUUUCUAGAAAAAUGAACAAGGCAAGCUGAUCAAAGAAUAAGCACCUGUUUCUUUUGUUUUUGCUCAUGUUGUAAAAUGUGGACAAGCACUGAUAUUCAUUGCCUAUGUUUUCCUUCUUUGUUUUUUUGUUUUGUUUUGUUUUUUUCAAAUUGACUUUAAAAUGUAUUUUGCUCCAAACAAGAAUGUUGCUGUAUUUUUAUUCACUCUAUCAUUUGAUGUUAUGGAACCACAGCUUUUCUUUCUUUGCUCAUCUGAGUACAUACAGUAUAACUGUAUUCUGUAUAUCUGUGUGUGUCUG